AUGUCGCUGCAAGCCUGGGACUGGGAGGAUGAGGACAUGGAGAGCAUGGGGCCCAUGUCCUCCUUGGGCAGCUUUUGCCAAUCCAUGAGCGAGUGUGAUGUGGAGGACUACAUGAAUGCCAGGUCCCGGGCCCUCGAGUCAGAGUCUGACCAUCUGUACAGCAGCACCGCGUCCUCCAGCACUUUAAACGCUGACGUGCCCCAGGUGGUCCCCUGCAAAUUCAUCAUCUCACUGGCCUUCCCCGAGACUGUGAGUCCGAAGAGAAAAUUUGUAAGUUUGCUCGAAAAAUACAGGAAACGCUCCAAAAUGGAAAAAUCUGUUGCAAAGGGUCAUCGUAUCUACCAUAUUGAGUAUUUUCUUCUGCCAGAAGAUAAAGAGCCUAAAAUCAUUGACAUGGUGGUGUUUCCAUCGGUGGUCAAAUUGUUCAUGGAUACGGGAGUAAAGACCAUGAAGCCACGUCAGGAAGGAAACAAAGUCUGGGUGUCAUGGACCCAAAGGUUUAACAUCAACGUGACAAAGGAAUUACUAAAGAAAAUCAAUUUUCACAAAAUCACCUUUAGGCUCUGGGACACUACGGACCGGGUUUCCAAAAAAAUCAGGUUUUAUCGAAUAAAGUCUUCUGCCUACUCAGAAGACGGAGGAUCUUUUGCCAAGAACGAAGUGAAACAUUUGUUUUCAAAUGAGAAGAGACCAUCCGAACAAGGCAGUCCAGCCAAAAUUGAGUGGAGCCAGGCGUAUGAUCCGAUCUCUCUGGUCCCUGGUUUUUUUCAUCUUUUUAUUUAUUUUUAUCUUUGUGAAUUUUUCAAAUGGAGAAUUUCAGGAAUACCAACUAUUUCUUUGGGAGGAGCAACAGUGAUGGAGAUGAAGGAAUUAAUUGAGAGACCAUUAUUUAGCAGCUUAACAAACAUCAUAUAAAAGCAAAACUUUCAAAUUAAAUGGAAAGAGUCAGAAAAGGUAAGGAGAAGACGGCAAAGAUCGAAGAAAUACCGAGAAGAGGAUACUGACGCCAAGCUGCCAGACUACUGGAGAGAGGGCGCCUUCUCUGUCCAGCUGGCAAUAAUGCCGCUCCUUGCAGGAUGGCAAACUGUCGUGAGUCGUGGCAGUAAAACGUCUGCCAACAUUUUAGAUUGUUUUUUGACUUUAAAAACAGAAGUUCCCAUCAUGACAGAGGAGCAAAAGCAGGACUUAAACCCCCUGAUCAUAAAGAUCAAAGGUAUUUCCUGCCUUCCAUCACAACCUGUGCCCAUCGAUGAACUAGAGAGGCUCUGCACCCCCGUGUACUGCAAGUACCAGUUUCAUAAGACUCCCGUUCACCAGACCGAGGGGCGGCCCCAUGGAAACCACGUCUCCUUCCAGGACGUCAAUGUCAUCUUUCUUGGGGCAAUGAGCUCCAAUGACCUGAGGGAAUACCUGGAGGGCCCCCCAAUGGUGGUAGAAGUUCAUGAUCGAGACCGAAAGUCAGAGGAGUAUUCCCGGAAGCCCACCCUGUUUGGGGAGGACCCUAUGGAUUCAUACAUCAACUUUCAGGCCUUCAUCUCUCCCGAAGAGACAAAGAACAACCCCUUUGAAUCCCAAAACAAGAUGUGGGACCCAUAUGGAGUCGCACUAGUAAGUUUUGCUGACCUCCUCCUCGGCCACAAGUACUUGAACUUGGCUAUCCCCAUCCACAACUGUAAGUCCAAGCCCCCACACCAUGACGAGGACGGCAGGAGCAGGAAGGUUGUGGGAUUUAGGGCCCCUAAAGAUUCCCAUCACGGCCCAAUGCCAAUGGGCAACUACAUAGACGCCAACUCCCUGCUCAAGCUGCGAGUGGAUGUCACGGUGCCACUGCGGACCAUGACAGAAGCCCCUGAUUCAGACUUCAUGGGCACCCAGUUUGGCCGCAUCGUUUUCGUAUUUGACAGCAAGAAGAUCUCCCUCCUGUAUAGCCUGCUGCAGGACAUCACCAUGAUCAAUGCCAAAGCCCUCGACCUGGACUCCUACCCUAUCACGAUCCUCCAGCAGAUCCUGUCCGCCUUUAAGAUUCGGGUGAAGGUCCAGGAAAGGCCGGACCUGGAUGUGCUCACCGGCUUCCACCUGCUGGAUGGGAAGAUCCACCUCCUCAUCUUGGAGGGCUUGGCUGACCAAGGCUUGAAGCGGCUGUGGGAGAGCCACCAAAGCCGGAUCACCAAAGCAGAGUGCGGGAAACACAAGGUGCUCUACAACUCCCAGCUGCUGUUUCAGCAGCGCCUCUACGCAGACCUGGACACCAUCCUGUACCACAUGCACCUCUGCAAGCCACUGUCUCAGCUCAUGAAGCACGUGGCGCUCCACCUCCGCGACAGGGUGAUGCAGAAGGCCUUCCGGGCCCUGACCAGGAUCUACUGCAUCUGCCAUUACAGCACCAAGCUCAGGGAGGUGAUCACCCAAGACCUGCUGCCUUCCUCCACCAUGAUCAAGCACUUGAGCCAGGAGUUUGGCUUGCCCAUUUCCCUAGAAGAACUCACCGACGAGGAGAAACUUUUGGCCACCCCACCUCAACCCACCUCCACGCAUGACCUGCAAAGUCGGAAAUUCACCCUCAACACUGAUAUCCUCGCCCACCAGGAGAAGUACCUGCAGUGGCGGAACAGGGUGAUGAAGAAAAGAUACGAGACUCGCAAUCUGAUCCAGAAAAACAUCAGGGAAGCCUACCAGAUGAGCAGGAAGUCCCCAAAGCCCGUGGUGAGGGUGAUUCGGGGCUCGAUCCCUGCUACAGAGGAUGUGUACAACUACAGCAUUCAGACCCUGAACUCCACAGAGCUGGUCAAGAAGAAGCUGUACAGUGAGAUGGACAAGGAGCCAUGGAAAAGAUACGCGUAUUCACAGCGCUUCCUCUCAGCCAUGGUGGAGACUCGGAAUUUAAAGGAAGAGGAGAAGAAAGCCAAGGAGAAGUCCCGCCAGGCCUGGCUCACAACCAAUGGGUUCCGAGUGAUAGGUCUUCAUAAAAGCACUGAGAGCGACCACCACCUCGACCUGCUGCCCAUUGGCGCCACCACAGAGCUGACCGAGGAGUGGAGGGAAAACGCACUGUUUGCUAACGUGAUGAGGCCUGUGCUGGACCGAGACAGGUGGAGCUGGGACCAGCGCCUUCGGGACUUUGAUCUGUACAGGAAGCCACCGCCUUUCUUCAAGGCGCCCGCUUCUCGGACCCUGAACCCAGCCACAGCCGAUUGCAGCUUAUACUUGGAGGGAAAGGAGUGA